AUGAUUUCUUUUAUGGAUGUUUGGGCGUUGUUUGUCGCAUUUAGCAGUAUUUUAUUCGCCGUAACACUGGUCAUUGCUUGUUGCGAGGGGAACCGUCCUGAAAUGCUUCCGAAGGAUCCAAAGAAAGGAAUCAAGAAGCCGGAUGAAGACACCACGAAAUCAGGGACGAUUACGGAUCAGCCGACUUCGUUCAGAUCAUCAGUCAUGGCCACAGAUCAACUAACCACCUCUAGUCCGUUUCAGUCAGUGCACAGUCAAUCGACAUCCUCUACGGUUUCGACAAAAUCGGAAAAGAAACCUCCGUUGGAUACAAACGAUCGCAAAGAAGACAGCCAAACAACGCAGCUGCAGUUGUCUUCUGCAGAGGAUGCAAAUGAGAAAGAAAAGGAAAGAAAAAGUUUGGUGCUUGAACCACGAAAGCUUUAUUGGGACACGAAUGGUGGACUCAGGAGGAUAGCCCUAAUGAAUCCGACUAAAGAGCGUUGUGCCGUCAAGGUUCGAUGUUCAGACAAUAGUUUGUAUCGUGUCAAUCCGGUGUAUUCGUUUGUUGAACCUGGUGGCAGUGUUGGUAUCGACAUACUGCGUGAUAUGGGAAGACCGAAGCUGGAUAAAAUGGUUUUUGUAACGGCUAAGGUGAAUGCCGAAGAAGAGCAUGCAAAAUCAGUGUUCAGGUCGACUGGAGAUGAGUCAGCUCUGGUCUUCGAAAUGAGCAAACCCCGGCAUCAGUAUGGUCAAAGCAAUCGUGAGCGUACACGACAACUGCACGUUAACGAAGCCUUCAGUCAGUUACGACGCAUAAUUCCAUGCUAUCCGAUCAACAAGAAGAUGAGUAAACAUGAAAUACUGCGUGGUGCAAUUCAUUAUUUGAGAAUAUUGGAGUAUCUUCUUGGAAUGCGAACAACAUUCACCUAA